UCGCGGCGCAGAGUGAUCGCCGCAGUCGCGCGCUAGCACUCUCAGUGGAGACAUACUGUCAUAGAAAAUUCGUUUAUUUGCUGUAUACCUGUUAUCCCCCUUUUCCCCCCGAUUAAAGCGCCCUUCGGCGUUGAAAUACCGUGCAGGAUAAAUCCACGGUAUAAGGAAAAGGAUAUAAAACACGACGGACAACAAGCAACGACAAACAAACAACAAAACAAACAAACAACAACAACAAAAAAAAUAAAGGAACAACAAUAACACGACACCCAGCGAAUGAGUAAAAACAGUAACAAGAAAAAAAAAAAGAACAAAAAAAAAAAAGGAAAGAGAAUACCUACGACAGAAUAAAAACCAGCAGGAUAUACGUAUAUGUACACGCGUACAUAUAUUGUAUUUUGUAUUAUUUAUGUAUAAUAUAACUAUUUAAAAUAAAACACAAACGAGAAAAAGAAGAGAAAUCGUACUAUAUUAUUAUUAUUAUUAUCAUUAUUAUUACUAUUAUUAUUAUUAUCAUCACAAAUAUUAUCACAGAAACGACAGAGUAAAAAAUUUUGAAAAAGAAAAGGAACGAAAAAAUAUUUUAAAAUACGUGAAGAGCACACAUAUAAACGUGUAUAAAAAUAAUACAUCAACGAGGGGUGUGUGUAUAUAAAAGAGAAAUUAAGAUAAGAGAAAAAACCAAACGAAAUAAAAAGAAAAAAGAAAAGUUUUACUAUACGCAAUAAUAGUGUUAAACGUGCACGUGUGAUAUAUGCACAUACAUAUGUAUAAAUAACGUAUAUAUAUGUGUAUAUAGAACCAAGUGUGUGUGAGUGUGUGUUUUUAAAGUACAAACGACCGUGUGUGGACUACCUUCGACCCCAACCCCUUGAUUCUUACCCCCUCCCCUCCUCUGGUCACUACAUUUUCCCCCGAAACAACAACCCCCAUCCCCUCCCCCCCCCUCUCAAGGACAUAAUUGUGGUUACCUUUAUUAAGGACUUAGAUACCGCCGACUGGGAUAUCGAGGAACGGUUGUUAUAUGGUGGUACAGCAGGAGGCUGAGAUAUUUGCGGAGUGCGGCUCUGCAGCAUCUCAUCGCGGCGAUGUGGCUCAGUGGCGAGACGCGCGGAGGUGAUAACAACUUCUGACCUUCCGUUGUCCGUCUGUCGUCUGUCCCGUCUUCAAAAUCCACCCCCACUUCACUCGAUCAGCGAUAGCUCUCUUCUGUCUUUCUAUUUUUCUCUAUCGAUCACCUGCCCCAUUUCUAUCCCAAAAAAUACAUAAAAAAGGCGAAAACCGAUAACCAAACAAGAACAACAUAUAUAUAUUUUUCAAACAAUUAUCUCAUUCACUCAACAUCCGAUUAAUACUCCCGCUCUCUUCUGUAACUCUCAUUGAUUUUUUGUCAUCCCGUAAAAUCGUCUUUGUUUCUUUCGCCACUCCCUUUUUUUACCCCCGCUUCGUUAUUGUUUUCUGUGAAUGUUUUUUUUUUGUUUAUUUACGAAAGUGCAGUGUUGUUUAUCGGUAACAAUAAUACCUUGCGGUGAUAAUAUACAGUAAAAGUUAGGAAGAAGUGAAAGCUACAAAAAGAAAGACGAAAGACAGAAUCCGAACGUUGGGAUUUGGAUAAGGCGGAGAAAAUGAAAGAAAUGAAAGGAAGCGUAAGAUAAUACUAAAAAAAAAAAAAAAAAAAACCUCCAAUAAAUAAUUAAAGAAAAUAAUUAUUCGAUAAAAAAAGAAGAAUAUCUCACAUAUACCUCAUCACAAACCUACAAGUACCUUCGUCGUUCGAACCUUUCAGCGCAAUAGUGCCUAGCCCUGUAUAACUUAUAACGUUUUAUUAAAUUAGUACGAUAACGAUAACGAUAACGAGUGAUAGAAGAAGAACAAGAAGAAGAAAAAGAAGAAGACGAAGUAAGAGGAGUAGAAAAAGGAAGAGGAAAAAAGUGGUAUGUCAAGAGAAAGAAAAUAAGUGGUGAAGAGAAGGAAAGAGAAGCAAAAUAUUGAUAAUAUUAACAACAAGAAAUGAUAUUGAUAGAAAUAAGGUAAACCCACAGGAGGUACAAAGAUAAAACAAAAAAGAAAAUCACAAAACCGAAUUGGAAGAGGGAACGAAGAUUCCUGAAAUAUUGAAGAAGCAUAACGCGAAAUACGAGGAGAAAAUUUUCGAAGUGUAAUAAAAUCGAGGAAGAAAAUUCUUACAGGGAAAGUUUUUUUUUUCUUCGAAAAUCAUCCUCCUGAUAUAAAAAUAUUUUAAAACGUACGCGAGAAUAAUUAACUCUUGAAUCUUUUGAUUUUUCGGAAUCUUCAACGAAGCAAAUAAACAUGUAAUAGUAAUAAGAACAAACAAUAAAUAAUAAUAAACAAACAAACAAAAACAGUGACGUAACCAGGACAAUUCAGUACCUGAGGUAAAGCAAAAAAAGAAAAAGAAAAUAAAAAAAAAAAAAAACAUAGACAAAAACAGAAACAAAUAUAUUUAUAAUGAUUUUAAUCUACGAUGAUUAUUCUCUAUGUAUAUAAUAAAUUUAAGUGCGAAGAAAAGAUUUUGAGAGAGAAAAUAGAAGGAAAAAGUCGAGCAGGGUUGUAAAAAAGACACGAAAAGAACGGGGUGGAUGGAAUAAGGACUGUCCAAACAAAUUUGGAAUAAAUAAACGAACGGUUUUAAACAAUACACAAUAAUAAUAUAAAUACAGUGUAUAAAUCGGGAUUAUUUUUCAUAACGGUGAAAUUGUAAACUUGUGUGUAAUAUUAUUAUUUAUAAUAAUACUAACGAUAUUAACGGAAUUAUUUUCACUACGUAUAAGUAAUAUCGAUAAACAUGUUAGAUAUUUAACACACGAUCAACACGUAUGACGAUUAUUCAAACGACCGAUAACAAGAGUCGUAUUGAAACAAACAACAACAACAAUAACAACAACCGCAACAAUAAUAACAGUAACGAUGAAUACUUACUACGGUGGUGAUAAAUAAUAUACACAUCGCUUGUUACCGAGAGACGUGCGCAUUUCCGUACAUACGUAUAAAUAUAUGAGACCUUGAGAGCCGCACACGCAUAUCUACCUGCAAACUAUCGAGAUUAUACCCCGGCCCGGCAUGCGUCAAGAGAGAUCCAUAGCCCACGUGAAAAUGCGGUAGAAGUUGCGGAUGAAAUUUUCAUCGCCGUUCGACAAUCACCUCCUCGCAAAAGUAUACAACAAUCCGCGUACCGAUAAACGGAACCGUUGGUUUCAGGGCCGUCCCUGUUUCUGGCCGUUCCCUACGCCCGGGAUGUAAAUCCCAAAGUUCGCGUUCCGAAAUAAAGUGUUUCCCCGGUUUCUCGCGAUCUUUCCAAUCCUAUCACGUGAAAUCCGUUCGAAAGCAACCUUCGGCGGAAUCGAAAAGAAAAGAAAAAAAAACAAAACAAAACAAAAGACGAAUCGGAUUUCGCGAAUCAACCCCGUGAAACGAGUGACGUGACUAAAAAUCGCGUGUGCUGUUUCCGGUGGUGUUCAAGUGCGCGUCUAAAUAUUCGUCGAUUCGUUUCGAAAUCCACCGUCUACUACCUACCUCGCGCGUAAUAACGUAACGCGCGGCGUGUGUGCGUCCGGUGGGCGCGAAUCGCCCCGGCUAAACCGGAGUCACGGUGGCCAGCCUAGUGAGCGGCGGAGGCGUCGCGGUGCGGUACGAUGAGGCGUCCGUUGUGGCGGGAGCCGGGGCUGUCGUUCUGGCCCCCGCUACCCGGUUAGCACCCUCUUCCAACAUGGACACGAGCGAGGGGCCCGCCGGGCCCCGCGUCAAGGCGGAAACGCCCGAGCACCACGCGAGCACGUCCGUGGGGUCCGGCGCGGCGAACGCGGGCGGCCUGGGAAGCGGCAGCAGCGGACUGUUCGCCGGUAUCGCCAGCAGCAACAAACGGCCACGACCCGACGACUGGCUAACGCCCCACAGCCCGACGUCACCCGAAGGACCUCUGCCCACGCAACAUCCCCUGUACGCUACGCCCCAACAGCAGCACCACCAUCCGCACCAAGUUCCUCAGCAACCCCAGCAACAGGCCCAACAACAACAACAACAACAACAACAACAACAACAACCGCCGUUGGCCCACUCGACCCCGCUAACCACGCAAUCUCAAGCGCAAACGACGACGCAGCAGCAACCCCAGAUACCUCAAGCCUCCAAUAACAACGGAUACGCGAGCCCGUUGAGCUCAGGCAGCUACGAUCCCUACAGUCCCAACGGCAAAAUUGGAAGGGACGACUUAUCGCCACCAAGUUCGUUGAACGGUUACAGCGCGGACAGUUGCGAUGCGAAGAAGAAGAAGGGUCCGACGCCUAGGCAGCAGGAAGAACUAUGUCUCGUUUGCGGCGAUCGGGCGUCCGGUUACCACUACAACGCCCUAACUUGCGAAGGUUGCAAGGGUUUCUUCAGACGCAGUAUAACGAAAAACGCAGUUUAUCAAUGCAAGUACGGUAAUAACUGCGAGAUCGAUAUGUACAUGCGUCGCAAAUGUCAGGAGUGUAGAUUGAAAAAAUGUCUCACCGUUGGCAUGCGGCCGGAAUGUGUCGUUCCGGAAUACCAGUGCGCCGUGAAACGCAAGGAGAAGAAGGCCCAGAAGGUAGGGGAAAAGGAUAAACCGAACAGUACAACGAUGAACGGUUCACCUGGCAGCCUGAGCGGUAUGGGCGCCGAUCAAAUGGGGGUGAAACUGGAACCGGCAGAGACUGAAACGCUAACUAUGCUCGGAGGUAGCAGUAGUACGAGCAUAAUAAACCACAACGGGGUGAAACCCGUGAGUCCCGAGCAGGAGGAACUCAUCCACAGGCUCGUCUAUUUCCAGGACGAGUACGAGCAGCCCAGCCCGGAGGAUCUCAAAAGAAUCACGAACGAACCCAAUGACGGAGAAGACCCCAGCGACUUCGGGUUCAGACACAUAACCGAAAUAUCGAUAUUAACCGUGCAGCUUAUCGUCGAAUUCGCGAAGAGGUUACCUGGGUUCGACAAAUUGCUUAGAGAGGAUCAAAUAGCUCUUCUCAAAGCUUGUUCGAGCGAAGUAAUGAUGCUAAGAAUGGCGAGAAGGUACGACGUACAAACGGACAGCAUCGUGUUCGCCAACAAUCAACCCUACACAAGGGAUAACUACAACAUCGCCGGUAUGGGCGAGACGAUCGAAGAUCUCCUUAGAUUUUGUCGACAAAUGUUCACAAUGAAAGUCGACAACGCUGAAUACGCUUUACUCACAGCCAUCGUUAUUUUUGCUGAGAGACCAGCUUUAGUGGAGGGAUGGAAGGUUGAAAAAAUACAAGAGAUCUACCUCGAGGCGUUGAAGGCGUACGUGGACAACCGAAGAAGACCAAAGUCUGGGAUGAUAUUCGCUAAGCUCCUAUCAGUGUUGACGGAACUGCGAACUCUGGGUAAUCAGAACAGCGAGAUGUGCACAAGUCUAAAACUAAAGAACAAAAAGUUGCCUCCCUUCCUCGCCGAGAUAUGGGACCUGAUGCCCUAGUUUUCUUGUGUAAUUUUGUUUCAUUUGGUUACAAUGAUUUUUCUUAAACGAAAAACAAAAAAAAAGCAAAGAAAAGAUGAAAAUAACAAACGAAAUUUAUUUUUAAUCUACUUUAUUUGUUUUUUCUUUUAUUUUGGCCGUUACGUUGGCUACUGUGUGCGUCCCACGGCGCGGCGCCGUGACUUUUAUACUAGUGCACCGCUAUGCUACUGUCUCGAAUUCAAAAAAGGGAGCGAAACAAAAAAAAUUUUAAACCUUCCAUUCUUACAGCAACAUAAUUCGUACAAACUUUGCUCUUCAACUUCAUCGUUAAACUAACUGUUCAACCAAACUUACGACACUACCGAAUUAAUUCAAUAGAAAAGAAAACUAUGCAACGCGGCAUAAAUCUCGUUGUAAAAUAAACAAAAAGCAAAAGUUAUUCUCACUUUUCUUCGAUGUUCUACAUACCAUUACGGAUAAUUUAUGUAUGCUUACAAAAAUUGAGGUAAAAAUUUUUCGACUUUUUGAGAGACAGUGGCGAGGCACGCAGGCUGUGAUACGUAGAGACAGUACCGAGACUAUAAGGAGCUACAUACACUUAUAAUAAUAUACAUUAAAGACAAAAAAAAAAAAAUUACGACUAUACUAUUAUAUAGGUACAUGUAUUAUAUAAUAUUAUAACUACAUACCUACGAUGUAUAUCCCCCGAAACUACUCCCGAUGAUAUAAAGAAAGAAAGAAAGAAAGAAAAAAAAGCAAAACACAAACAAACGAGAACUCAUGAAAAAAAACAUAAUAAUAAUAAUAUUAAUAACAUUAAUAACAAUAUUAAUAACAAUAAUAAUAAUAAUGACAUGUUAAAGAAUAAUGUAAAACGUGGAAUAUGUAUAACGCGAUUAGCACAUACCUAUGGAUAGAAUAAAACAGAAAAAAUUGAAAUGAAGAAAAAGGUUAAUAAUAAUUAUUAUUAAAAAUAAAAAAUGGACAUUACAAAUUGGAAAUACGAGAGAGAGAGAGAGAGAGAGAAAGAAAAAGAGUGAGAGAGAGAAAGAGUGAGAGAGAGAGAGAAUGACGAUAAGAAACAUAUAUGAAUAUAUUUAAGGGAAUAGUAAUAUGUCGUGCGAGUUGGUGAGGGAAAACUGUUGAGCAGUGAAAAUAAAGAUUGAAAAUAAAAAGAAAGAAUAAAAAGCGAACACGUUUUUCGCAAAAAUGAUAAUAAGGCGUGAAUAAUACCGACACGAUUACGAAUAAAUAAAAUAAAAGAAGAAAAAAAACUAAUUACGAUAGAGUCUAUAUCACACGCAUAGCAUAAUAAUAUAUUGCUAGUAUGUAUGUUGUUUAUAGAAAAAGAAAAUAAUUAUUAAAGAAACAAACAAAAAAAAAAAAACUUACAAAAUGAACAAAAAAAGCAAAAAAAAAAACACGUAAACACAAAAAAAGAAAACUUCAAUCACAGAAAAAACGAUUGAUGUUGUUAAUUGACAUGGAUAGUGAUGAUGAUGGUGUUGAUGACGAUUGACAGGUGAAUAUUGUAGAAAUUCAAAUUUUAAGAGAAGAUAAAAGAAAAGAAAAAAACAACACGAGUAUGUAAUUAAAUAUAAGCGAGUAACCAUAUUAUAUUAUAUAAAAAAAUAUAUAAAUAUAUAUAUAUAUAUACAUAUAUAUAUAAAGAUAGUUAAGUUAAAAAAUAAUGAAUAAAUUAAGUGAUUAAUUAAUAAGUGAUUGAUUAAUUAAACGUAAGUGAUUCAAGUACACACACAGAGAGACACAUAUAUCUAUAUAUAUUUAUGUGAAUAUGUAUAAAUAUAUGUGAAGAUUUUAAGUAAUUAAUUAAUUAAUGAAAGAGAAAAAAACAAAAAUAUGAAAAAAAUAACAAGGCUAGAAGGUAGUGAGUUUUAGUCAGUCAGGCUAGGCUAUAGGUGACCCGAGUCAAGUGCAAAGCCCUGUGCCUUCAGCAGCGGACAUCGGCUCACCGACAAACGAAAAAACAUGAAAUUUAACCGUCCGUUUUAAUUUUUUAAUAAAAGAAUAAAUAAAUAAUGAAAAAAAUACGAAAAGAAUAAAGAAAAAUGAGAAAGCAAAAAGAUGUGGAAGAAUUAAUUAAUUAAUCAAUAACAACAACAACAACAACAAAAUUUCUUAAGAUAUUCACCUAAGUAAUGUAAUGGAGAACAAAAACAGAAGAAAAAAAACAUCAUUCGAUUUAACGUAACAUCAUAUUAUCAGAGAGGGGAUGUAUUGUGCAUAUGGAAAAAAGAUAAUGCAACAACAUAAACAACAACAACAACAACAACAAAAUAAUGAUUUAGGUUUUGGGAAAUCGACCGUGAACAACAACAAAGCGUAUGUUCAACUGUACAACAAUUAUAAUAGUUUUGUUCGAAACUGAAAACACAAAAAAGGUAAUAGAAAAAAAGGUAGAGGGCUCGAAUCUGAAACAGAAAGAGGAUUGAAAACAGGUUUGUACAUUGAAAUAGAAUCGUAGAGAAAGAAGGGAAAAAUUGAUCAACGAUAGUCAAUCAUGUGGGAUCGGAACGAAUCGGAAAAAUACCUGGGGGGAAAAAAAAAGAAAUGAAAAGGUGAAAAAUCAAAUGAAAGGUUAAACAUAAACAUUAGAACCACGGAACGGAUCGCUGUUUCUUCGAGACACAAUUGGUAUAAUAUAAUUAUUACUUAUUAUCGACGUAUACGUACGAUGUUCGGGAUCGCAGCACGAGAAAAUGAAAGAGGAAGGAACAACAAUAAUGCAAAUAUCAAAUUGAGUAAUCAAAGUUUGGAAUAAUGGAAGUAAUGAUUUAGUUGUGCGAAGAAGAAGAGAUCAAUCGCCUCAGAUUCAAAUUUAACAACAAAAAAGAAACAAAACUCAAUAAAUUGAAAAGCGGGAGGGAAAAAAAAAACCAAAAAAAAGAUUCUCGAUGUUGUAACACUGUAUAAAAAAAAAAACAAAAAAAACUACUGUAAUGCUAUCUCGUAAUAUGUAACAUGCAGUUAUAUAAUUCUACCUAAUAUUACACAUACAUAAUAUAUUAUGUAUAAUAAGUAACAGCGAUUAAUACGUCAUUAAUAAUCAUAAAACGUAUAUCUAUAAUAUACUUAUAAUAUAAUAAAUACAUACAGAUAUGGUAUAUGUAUAAUGUAUAUAAUAGUACGUGUGAAUAUGAAGUAAUCGAAAAAGUCAUUUUUAGAAUGAUGAGAGAGAAAAAUUGAGGUAACGAAUAAAAUUGAAAAUUUUUUCUAAGAAAUAUAAAGGUGGAUGAUUUUUUUACAAUCGAUUCGGAUUUUACUCGUAUUGUAUUUAUUCAUUCAAUAUAUAUUCUUUUUUUUUUUACACGUAUUAAUAUAUAUCACGUAUAUAUGUACACGAUAAUAAUAUACGUAUGAUAUUUAUAAUAAUGAAUAAUAAUUAAUUAAGUGCGGCAUGUCAUUUUACAAGAAACAUAACGAUGCGAUAUUCGAAGGGUUGUUUUACUUCUUGAUCAACGGCUGGAAACAACUCUAUCCACGCAAUGUUCGAUAUAUCUAAUUUAUUUGGCGGUUUUUGCAAACCGCCUGAAUUAAUAUUAUAAAUGAAAAAAAAAAAAGAAGAAAAAAAAAAAACAACACGUGAAGAAUUAACACACAAUAUAAUAAUGUUAUUUAGCCGUGGGUCAGGGACGUACGCAACGCCUUUUAACAAAUGAAGAAAUACUACGUAAUGCCAUUGGGCAGACACUGCCACACCGAUGCGUGAACAAAAUAACACCCGACACCUCCACCACGAUACAACAGAAAUUAAUCAACACCGCAGCAUCCAAGAACAGCUCACAAUGAUUGCGAAGGAGGUUGGCGGGGCAGAAGAUUUGAUUUACUUUGAUCGUACCCAUCGCUCUUUGAUGCACUAUGACGUUGAAUGACUGUUGAGGGGGCAGGUAGGCUGGAUUCUCAACAAGUCUGGUGAUGAAGAUCACAUUGAACUUGAUUACUGCCUGAGUUUGAAAAGGAUUUGAAAAUCUUGGGAGAAACUUUUGUUGGUCAAAAUCCGUCGUCGAACAAAUGAGGAGUACUUAGAGUGCGGAGGGAAGUUGAUAGAAAAGAAAAUCGGGUCGACUCCUCCGUCAACCUCUUCGAAGAACCAACAACAAAAUCGACCAGAGCAACAAUAACCAGCAACAAUAACAAAAAACAAAGAGAACACACGACACCAUGAACAACAUUGAUAUCGAUAUUUAAAUUGCCUAGCUACAUCUAGCUUUGUUCGGAACGAAUCAUACAUACUUAAAUUUGUAAGUUCUAAUAACUUUAUACGGAGAUGAGGUAGAACAAGAAAAAGAAAGAAGAUAGCAUAGAAAAGGAAGAGAAAAAAACAAUUGGAAAAAAGCAAAUCGUUAAAGUUAAAAAAAAAAAAUUGUCACCAUUAUAUUAUGUAAUAAUUGAUAACGUAUAUAAGCACCAACAUAGUUUACACCUAAAUCUAUAUGAUAUACAUAUUACAUACCACACAUACAUGCAUAUUGUACAUAAAACACAGAGCAAAAUUGGCGCGUGUAAAAAAAUUUCAAACUAUCUAAGAGCGUAUGUGAAUGUAACAUAAAGCCGGUUUCUUUAAUCGAAUCGGUAAUGAUUCGCGAUAAAAGUAAUAGCGAUAGAAAAAAUCAAUUUUCAUCACGAUUACAUAACACACACGAUCACGAGGAUAUAAUUCUGACUAUCAUUAUGAUUAUUAUACGUUAAAGAGAAGACGAGGUAAAAAAAAUUAAAUUAUAAAAAAAAAAAAGGAAAAAAUGUACUGACGGCAUGGCGAACCGGCCUCAAAAUUUAUUAAUCGUAUUAAUUAAUAAUCUAAUGCUAAUUAGCAUAUUUUAUAAGGCGUGCAAAUAAAAAUGAGAAAAAUAAGUGAAUAAAUAAAAAUAGGACAAUGGAUGGCAGGCCAAUCGCGUUCUCUAAAUUCGUGAAACAUCUAAUUCAUUCUUAUUCACCCUUGAUAUUUUUGAAGAAUUGCGUGAAAACGCGAUGAAUCAUUUUUCAUUUCAAUGAUUUCCGAUCGUUGAAUUGCUUUCAUUUUAGAAUUUCUUCUUUCGUGACCGUUAACGAUUAGACGAUGUAUUUUCAUCCAUGCGCAUCAAAAUUGAAAACAAAAGUCUUUUAUUUCAUUUUUUUUUUUUUUUUGUUCUUGAACUUUAUUUGUCAUAGGUAUUAUACGUAUUUUACAUGAAUUAAAUUAAAAUACAUAAGUAAAUAAAAUAAAUAACUUUCGCAAUUCUGAGAUCACUGCCAAGACGUUUUUUUUUUAAAGUAAAACGUCGGUUUUGUCGUCUAUAUAGAUGUUGUCAUUACGUCGCUUUAAGCGAAUCGAAAAGAACAAUGAAAAUAAAACAUGAAAAA